AUGGAAAGCAAUAAUAAAGAUUCGGGUGCAGUUCCUUUCCGCCGAAUAAAAGUCACUGAUCCAUCUCAGAUUCCCCAGGAUUACAGUACGACACCUGGUGGCAGUAUAUUCAGCACCACUCCCGGUGGCACUCAUCUCUACUAUGACCGGGACACCAUGCUCCUGUACAAAAACUCGCCAAUUGCCCGCUCACCACCAGCAAACGUGUUCUGCAUGCCAGGGGUCAUCUGUCCCCCCACUUGCACCGGCGGCUGCAAUCUGCCAGCCCCACAGAAGAAAACCGAAGAUUCUCCAAAGGAAUCUGUAGAGAAGCCUAACGAUGGUAGCGGACAUAAAGGUGAUGACGCUACCUUCGACCUGGACCUCUGA